CCCAACUCAAAACAAUGGGAUAAAGAGCCCAAGGAAUCUCAAAAGGAUGGUCAACAUGACCAUUUUGAGCCCUAAGUUCAAGGGUGGAUUUACCAACACAAAGCAAGCGCUUGGCAAACGAAGGGAAAAAGACCUCAAGAUCAAGUUUAAUAACCUGAAGAAUAACUUGAUAGGGCAAAAGUUACCAAAGAUCACCCUUGGGAUUGGAAAAUUUCAGAAAUAAAAGAGAGAAGAUUGUCACUCGACGGGUUAAACCAUUGAGUUUUAAGAAAGAUUUGCUUAAUAAUUACAAGAUCAUUAACCAAAAGAAGUUGUCCUCUCCGACCAAGGCUCUCUCACCGCUGCAGGCCAAUUCACCGCCUCGGGCUAGGAGAGGCAGGAACCGGAAAAUGGUCUUGUCUUCUCGAGAAGGCGAUGUAUUCACGUUUCCAAAGGAGAAGCGAGUUUUUAGCCAAGAAAAGAGAGAGGAGUUCCCAGCCAUGCUUUCUCAAGAGGAAAUAUCUAAGUGAGAGAUGAUACACCAGAAGAUGAUGACCCGAGUUGAGCAACAGAUAGCCUCCGCAAAAGAAACGAGGUUUAGAUUCCUUUCUCCAGGAAAAUUGGUAGAUAAACUCAAGAGAUCCACUGAUAGAAGUUUGAUUAUGAGUUUUGAAAGGGAAAUUAAAACGCCUCAGAUUCUUAAAGUAGCUCAGAGUACUACACUUCAGAACCCACUCAAUGAGAGUUAUAACAAUGAAGCUACCUCGACAGUCAGCUCCAAUGAUGAACAAGACUGUAUAAUUCCUAAGAAAAUGGAGAAAAAGAACAUUUCCUUGAGGAACAGGAGAAAUAUAAUGACGAAUCAAUUUUUCCGCUCUCUUUAAUAACUUCCUUCAUAAUACUU